AUGUGUUCUCUUUUGUUCAACACAUCCCCUCGACAGAUUAUGUGUUCUCUUUUGUUCAACACAUCCCCUCGACAGAUUAUGUGUUCUCUUUUGUUCAACACAUCCCCUCGACAGAUUAUGUGUUCUCUUUUGUUCAACACAUCCCCUCGACAGAUUAUGUGUUCUCUUUUGUUCAACACAUCCCUCGACAGAUUAUGUGUUCUCUUUUGUUCAACACAUCCCUUGCUAGAUUAUGUGUUCUCUUUUUGUUCAACACAUCCCUCGACAGAUUAUGUGUUCUCUUUUGUUCAACACAUCCCCUCGACAGAUUAUGUGUUCUCUUUUGUUCAGCAGAUCCCCUCGACAGAUUAUGUGUUCUCUUUUGUUCAACACAUCCCCUCGACAGAUUAUGUGUUCUCUUUUGUUCAACACAUCCCCUCGACAGAUUAUGUGUUCUCUUUUGUUCAACACAUCCCCUCGACAGAUUAUGUGUUUUUUUGGUUGACACAUCCCCUCGACAGAUUAUGUGUUCUCUUUUGUUCAACACAUCCCUUGCUAGAUUAUGUGUUUCUUUUUUGUUCAACACAUCCCCUCGACAGAUUAUGUGUUCUCUUUUGUUCAACACAUCCCCUCGACAGAUUAUGUGUUCUCUUUUGUUCAACACAUCCCUCGACAGAUUAUGUGUUCUUUUUUGUUCAACACAUCCCCUCGACAGAUUAUGUGUUCUCUUUUGUUCAACACAUCCCUCGACAGAUUAUGUGUUCUCUUUUUGUUCAACACAUCCCUCGACAGAUUAUGUGUUCUCUUUUGUUCAACACAUCCCCUCGACAGAUUAUGUGUUCUCUUUUGUUCAACACAUCCCUUGCUAGAUUAUGUGUUCUCUUUUGUUCAACACAUCCCUCGACAGAUUAUGUGUUCUCUUUUGUUCAACACAUCCCCUCGACAGAUUAUGUGUUCUCUUUUGUUCAACACAUCCCCUCGACAGAUUAUGUGUUCUCUUUUGUUCAACACAUCCCCUCGACAGAUUAUGUGUUUUCUUUGGUUCAACACAUCCCCUCGACAGAUUAUGUGUUCUCUUUUGUUCAACACAUCCCCUUGCUAGAUUAUGUGUUCUCUUUUGUUCAACACAUCCCCUCGACAGAUUAUGUGUUCUCUUUUGUUCAACACAUCCCCUCGACAGAUUAUGUGUUCUCUUUUGUUCAACACAUCCCCUCGACAGAUUAUGUGUUCUCUUUUGUUCAACACAUCCCCUCGACAGAUUAUGUGUUCUCUUUUGUUCAACACAUCCCCUUGCUAGAUUAUGUGUUCUCUUUUGUUCAACACAUCCCCUCGACAGAUUAUGUGUUCUCUUUGUUCAACACAUCCCCUCGACAGAUUAUGUGUUCUCUUUUGUUCAACACAUCCCCUCGACAGAUUAUGUGUUCUCUUUUGUUCAACACAUCCACUCGACAGAUUAUGUGUUCUCUUUUGUUCAACACAUUCCGUCGCUAG